UAAGGAUCAAAACGAGAUGGGGCAAUGGCCUUUGAGCUCAGUCUUGCGAAAGAUCAUCCUUAUAACGGGCUCCUAGCCCAACUGGCCAGACUCGUUCAUAUCCAUCUUGAUGCGGCAUCUGAAGUGCUAAUUAGCAACAUACGAGCUUCCUCAUGCUUGCUAUCUAGGAAAUGUCGCGCCGAAAAUCAGCAAAUUUAUGGUACAGGGCUGCUGAGCCAGAGCAGCAUCAAGAUCCAGUGGAGUCCAUAUAAGACGACGGGCUAUUGCCAUAGCCGUGUUCCCCAUCAUCGCACAUCACAGCAGGUUCAAGGCUCCCCGAUAACUACCUCUCCAUCUUACUCUUAG